AUGGAAAAGGUGUGGAAGCCCAAGCAGGAAAAGAUGGAAAAAAGGCUCGAACGAAAGAUGACCGCAAUGUCGGAACAGUCCAUAAGAACCACCCGCAUUUCCACAGGCUUAAGCUAUGAUUAUUUGUGCAUGCAUCAAAAUUUGGACUUGCCCGAAGGUUUCAAGGUGCCUUGUUUUGAAUUGUUCAAUGGAAUAGGUAACCCCAAAGCCUAUUUGCGGGCCUACUGUGACCAACUAGUCGGUGUUCGAGAUAAUCAGGCGCUCAUUAUGAGGCUAUUCAGUGGGAGUUUGACUGGAGAAGCCUCCGACUGGUUCACAGCACAAGACAUACGUCGCUGGGUCACAUGGGAAGACAUGGCUGUGGCCUUCAUGGAAAGAUUCCGUUUCCAUAUGAAAACAGUACCGGUCCGGUACUACUUGGAGAAAGUAAAACAAAAAUCUACCGAAAACUUCUGCCAAUAUGCAAGUAGGUGGAGAAUGGAAGCCGCCUCAGUACAACCGCCAAUGGGUAAAGAAGAAUUAGUCUCGAUUUUCAUCCGUUCUCAAGAAACAAAUUUCUAUGACCGAAUGCUGUCAAUGGCGGGCAAGCAAUUUUUUGAACUCAUCAAAAUGGGAGAGGCCAUAAAGUAUGGUCUCAAGACAGGACGGAUCAUAAGCGUAGCUGGGAAAGCUACCGGAUCAAGCUCGACAGGGUUCAUAAGAAAGAAGAAGGAACAUGUGGCAAACAUCUCCCAUACUCCCAGCCCUAGAUACAAAUGA